AUGUCUACUGCCGUCGAGAACGUCGCCGACAAAGUCGCCUCCAACACCACCAACGAGGCCCCCAACGGCACUGCUCCUGCCCAGGAACAGCAGCCGCAGCCCACCGACGCUGCUGCUGCCAGUGCCGAUGAGGGACGUCGGCUGUACAUUGGGAACCUCGCAUAUGCGACCACUGAGGGGGAGCUCAAGGAGUUCUUCAAGAACUACAAGAUUGAAAGCACCUCCAUCCCCGUGAACCCCCGCACCAACCGCCCCGUUGGCUACGCCUUCGUGGACCUCGCCACCGCACACGAGGCCAGCGCUGCCAUCCAAGAGCUCUCUGGCCAGGAGAUUCUCCAGCGUAAGGUUUCGGUCCAGUUGGCCCGCAAGCCUGAGCCUGCAGAGGCCAAGGAGGGUGCUGCAAGUGGCGGUGAGGGCGAAGGCCGCAAGAGGACCGGCGGUCGGGGCCGUGGCCGUGGCCGUGGCCGCGGUCGUGGAGGUCGCGUCGGACGUGGUGGCCGCUCUGACCAGGCCCAAAAGACUGAGGCCCCCACCAACGUCCCUGCCCAGGCUGAUCCUUUGACCGACAACCAGGCCAACAACGCUGCUACCACCGAGCAGGGCAAGCCUCGUGGCCGUGUCCAGCAGAAGCAGCGUGGUCCUCCUGAGGAUGGUAUUCCGUCCAAGACCAAGGUCAUGGUGGCUAACCUGCCGUAUGAUCUGACCGAGGACAAGCUCAAGGAGCUCUUCAGCGCCUACCAGCCGGUCUCCGCCAAGAUCGCCUUGCGUCCCAUUCCUCGUUUCAUGAUCAAGAAGCUCCAGGCUCGCAACGAGCGCCGUAAGGGCCGUGGUUUCGGUUUCGUCACUCUCAGCUCGGAGGAGCAACAGGAGAAGGCCGUCAAGGAGAUGAACGGCAAGGAGAUUGAGGGUCGGGAGAUCGCUGUCAAGGUUGCCAUCGACAGCCCCGGCAAGGAGGAUGACGCCCCCGAGGCUGAGAAGUCUGAGGAGGUCGUCCCUGCUGCGGGUCAGGAGAACGCCCCGGCUGCUGCUUAA